UUUAAUAAUUAAGAGCUCUUUCUUCCCAGUAGGGAUUAGAUUACUGCUGACUCGGGUUAGCUGCUGCUCAUUUUUAGUGCACUAAAGGUAUCUUUGGAGCAUGUAAGUUAUUCCUAUGGAUAUUUUCGUUGCUUGUUUGAUGGAAGAAUGUAGCUCUGCAGAAGCACGCUUUCCCUAAAAUCCUCAAUAUAUUAAUUGAGAUUGGUCACUUUCAAUUGUCUUCGUUUGUCAUUCUUAUUCAUGGCUUGCUGUAGAAGGCUAUAAGCCAGCAUUGUCCCUGGCAACUGUUACCUAGUGACAGUUUCAGCUGCAGUAGCCAUUGGUUGUUCUUUUGAUUGGGGCUGAAGGACCGAGUCACCUUUCUGAUGGCGAGUUUUUCUGCAUCAGCUAAGGAUGCGGAGGAGGGGCAGGUUUAGGUGCAAGCUGUAAAAUCACAAGAGAGCAUGUAAGAAAUAGCAAUAGCAUUCUCAAAACUGAUCACAGUAAAUAGGAUUUCUGUGUCUAUACCGCAGCUCCUGACAAAGCAAAUAUAUAUGCAAGGCACCGCUUCACUGCUUUGACAAGAGAUUUUAAUUUUAACAGUAUUUUAAUUUUGAGAUAGAUUGAACUGCUUACAGAUGAGCAAUGGGCAACGUUCUGUGGAUGCUAUAAAAGCAUAAGGACCUUCAGCACAGCAUGGUGGUGAUGGACAUGAGACAUGAAACUUAGAAAAGGAUGCUUUCUAUUCAUCCCACUGCUGCAGCAGGACGAGAGAAAAAUCUUUUCUUUCUCAUGUAAGGAAUCCUUUUUCCAGAAGGCACAGCAAGGAUCAUUAAGCAGUGCCAAUGCGAUUCCAGCACUUCAAAAAGAGAAAAGAGAGUCUGCUGUUAACAUAAAAUUGAAAUGACCUUGGAUUUUCUUUUUAAUUAAAAUAUGUGAGCUGAGUAAUUUCUCCUGUAUCUUUAAAUGAUUAACAAUGCAUUUGAUCUGGGUGUGGAUGGUGGGUGGGUUAAAAAGCAAGACUGCUGCAUGCGCUGAAUGAAAGAUCCAUACAGUAGUCAAAUACCUGCUUAUUAGUGAGCAUCAAAGGAGCCUUCUUACCCCAUUGGAUGUGUCAGAGUGGCAGAUGUAAUGGAUGUGGUAAUAUUUGCUUCUGAGAUAAAGAAUUUUUGAAGCAGAUGGUUAUCGUUUUAAUUGUCUAAUGAAAUGCGUAUGUAGCAACUGAGGAAAUGAAGCCUGAAGACUAAUGGAGUAAUAGAAUGCAACGACAGCUUUUCUUGUUAAAUCAUCGUUUCAUUAGCUUCUUAGAAGAAUUUAGAUGAGAGUUAAUUAUCUCAUUGUGUUGGGACAUACGAAAGAAUGUGGACAUCACUAUAGAGGUGAGAAAUGACAUGGAUAGAGCUAUGAACUUCACUGUAGCAGCUGUGGCUUUAUUUCUAAAGAAUUUUUUUAUCUUUUGUUGCUCUUGAAAUUAAAUGCAAGACAAGUUUGUCUUCCGUGAGAACCUUGGAUUACCCUAUUGACGUCUAAUAUUGUAACGGACAGCAUAUCUUUCUAACUGGCUUGACUGAAGAUCCAACAUGUCUAUUUGUUUCUUUCCUUUAUUAUACGUGGUCUUGUUAACUAAAUGGAGAGGAUAUUGUUCAUCGAAGGGACGAACCUGUUCUUCAUGUAGUGAUUGCUGCCCCAACAUAUUUCUUUACUCGUUACCAAAGACUAAUGACAUUUGUUUGCAUUAAGAUGCCCCAAAUCUUGACCUUAGUAAUGCAGAAUGAAGAUGAUACAGAUGACAUUAUGCCUUGAAGAAAGCCGAAGGAUACAAUAUAUUAGAAUGAGCAUCUUAUUAGACUUCUUAUCUACUUUGCUUCUAGUUUUUAGCUCCUAACAAUUUUUGUUUUAGAAAACAUUACAUUGAGAAUUUCUACCCAGUACUCCCUCCUUCACGUUUCCCCCCAGGAAAAUGCACUUGCAGAGAUUUUUAUCAUGACAUUAUAUUUUACUCUCCUUUUUGGUGUUUCUCUCCUCCAAAAGUACAGCUUAAACAAAGUGCUUUGUUUAGAAGUGCCUUGUCUUUUGCUAAGGAAGGAAUGAGCACAGGAAGAAGCUGAGCAGUGGCCUUUUUGCCUCUUUUCUGGAUUGUAAUAUGAACAGUUUUAGAAGCAAUUCUAAAAUCUACCCAGAGAAAUGGAUAUGUAAACAAAAUUAGCUGGUGACUCACAAAUCACCUAGUUCUGAGUUUUGAACACAUUGUUACGUAAUGCAGAUCAUGAACCAGUCCACUUGGAUUGAGUGGAAAACUCUGAAUAUGAGCGGUAGCAUUGUGAAUGUAUCUGAGCAUUACUCCUGUCCAAUUGGUUUUGGACACUACAGUGUUGUUGAUAUCUGCAUCCUUGAGACUCUAAUUAUUGUCUUACUAACAUUUUUAAUUAUAACUGGUAACUUAACAGUAAUUUUUGUCUUUCACUGUGCUCCACUGUUACAUCAUUAUACCACCAGCUAUUUUAUUCAGACUAUGGCAUAUGCUGAUCUUUUUGUUGGGGUGAGCUGCUUGAUUCCUACCUUGUCAUUGCUGCACUAUUCUACAGGUGUCCAUGAGUCUUUGACUUGCCAGGUUUUUGGAUAUAUCAUCUCUGUACUGAAAAGUGUUUCUAUGGCCUGUCUUGCUUUUAUUAGUGUGGAUCGCUAUCUUGCUAUCACAAAACCACUUACCUACAACCAAUUGGUUACACCUUGCCGGUUGAGAAUCUGCAUCAUUUUGAUUUGGUUGUAUUCCUGCCUUAUUUUUUUGCCUUCUUUUUUUGGCUGGGGAAAGCCAGGUUAUCACGGAGACAUUUUUGAAUGGUGUGCAACCUCUUGGCUUACCAAUGCCUAUUUUACUGGCUUUAUUGUGUGCUUGCUAUAUGCUCCAGCAGCCUUCAUCAUCUGUUUUACAUACUUCCACAUAUUCAAAAUCUGCCGGCAGCACACCAAAGAGAUAAAUGACAGGAGAGCUCGUUUUCCGAGCCAUGAAGUGGACACUGCUGCAGAAAGUGGGCAUGGCCCUGACCGGCGCUAUGCUAUGGUUUUAUUUCGUAUAACCAGUGUGUUUUAUGUGCUCUGGCUCCCCUACAUCAUCUACUUUAUGCUGGAGAGUUCUAGGGUGCUGGAAAACCCAGCACUGUCUUUCUUAACAACAUGGCUCGCUAUAAGCAAUAGUUUUUGUAACUGUGUUAUAUAUAGCCUCUCAAACAGUGUUUUCAGAUUGGGACUUUGGAGAUUGUCAGAGACUGUGUGUUCAUCUUGUAUACCUAAAAAAGACAGCAUUGUUCAAGACCCAGUUCCUAGAAAACGGGCUAAUUCCUGCUCCAUCUGAGAACUAAAACAGACAAAUACAAUGUGAUAUUUGGGCUAGGUAGUAUUCUAUCCUUUGGAAUAUUGCUGCAAUAAACAGUCAAUAAAUAUUUAUUCACUGCAAAAUGAAUUAUGGAUUGAAUGGUGAUUUGUAAGAAAAACAUGUAGCUGGAAUGGUCAGAGAUGGAUUCUUGGUGAAAUUGUGGUACAAGAGGGAAUCACUGGUAAAUGUAGGGCAAAGCUUCCAGUAGUGUGAACUAAUCUGUUCAGAACUAAAGAGUAAUUCAUCAACAGUAAUAGUGAAAUUGUCACAUAUUAUAUAUGUGGAUGAAUUUGUAGUAUUAUGUUGUAUUAAGGUAAAUCUUGUUUGAUGCAGUAAGUGAUGGAUUAUCAAUUACGUCCUUAGGAAAUAUAUGUUUUAAUAUGAGGCAGCUUCAAUCUUGUAGUUUUGUCGCUUGUACAAAAACAUUUUUAAACUACUGUAAUUUUAAAAUUAAAUAUAUUUCUUUGCAGGGAAAUAAUGUAAAGUAUAUUUUAAUGUUCUAGUGUAACACAUAUAAAUGACUUAAUACUUUUCUGUUCUUUUGGAGCCUUUUGUUCCCAUUGCUCAGGCAUAUUAUUUAUUCUGGGGUCAGAAGCCCAUAUAGUUGCCUCUUUGCCCCCUUAUAGCUACUGUUCUCAAGCUGUUUGAGGGGACUGGAGUAAUUUUAGGCACAAUGUAUGUGAGGGGCAAGCUUUGAGAGAAUAUACCGUGGAGUGAAACAACAGUUAAAUUAUUGAAAUUAACAUGUAUUUUCUAGUGCCUACUAAAUUAGCACAAAUUUAUGGAGUCUUUUUGUGCUAAUGCUUUUGCUUUGUAAUUUAUUGCAUAUGCAAUAACAUCAAAUAGCAGUGUGACUUAGCUGCUCAAUAACACUUUUUAAAUGUAAAUUUUAAAAAGCAGGUUCCACUUUAGUUAUAUAGUUGUGAAUGUAUCACAGUUUGCAUGAGCUCAGCAUGUAUAUAACACUGUAUAUUUUUUAAAAUGAUCAUUUUGUAUUCUGUGCCUAAUGGUUUUCCUAGCAUAUUGUUAAGUCAUUGUUUUAAAUUUGGGAUAAAUAAAAAUUUGAGUUGACUUUACAGAA